AUUUCAAGAAACGAAUUCGAUAUGUAUCUGAUUCGGAGAAUGCAGAGCGGAGGUUACGCGGUAUAUAGGCAAGGACUUGCGGAGGUUUUACAAAUUUACAACAAGGUUGAGAGGAAGACAUCUAUGAAUCCAUGUCCAACGAUUCUUCGAUUGGGAAGAGACUAUAGUAACCAAAGGAGUCCACAAGGUCUGAAGUUAUUAAAUCCGGUUAAUGCUGGGAAAUACUUAAGUAAUGGUUCCAACAACUCUAAGUUCCAAUCAUCUCCUCCAAAACCAUGGUUAAAUGUUCCUUCUUGGGGAAGAUGGCUCAUAGGUUCUACGAUUUCCUUAGUGUUAUCUUUCUGGAACAAUAAAAGAAUGCAGAAACUGAAACGUAUCGACGGAGAGGCAGAAUUGGCUGUGGAAGGGGUAGAGGCUGUAGCAGAAAUGGUGGAAAAAGUUGCUACGGCGACUGAGACAAUGGCUGAAGAAAUGACAGAGAAACUGCCUGAGAAAAGUAAAUUUAAACAGAUGGCUUUGGUUCUGGAACACAUUUCAGAGGUUGCUGCUCAUGAGGCACAUAUAACCGAAGAUUUCCUUCACAAGGUGGAAAAAGUCACGCAAGAUUUGGAUGACUUGGAGACAAUGAUAAAGCCUUUGGUAGACAAAAUUGUGGCAAAUGCAGAAACAAAGCAACAAGGUGAAGGAGAAGAAGCAAACCCUGAGUCGCCUUCACGCCACUAAUCUCUUCGUCAUCUAAUUUGGACGCAAACAAAGAAUUCUUCAAAACUGUAUCUGUAUUAAUUCAUUAACAAUUUUCAUUCUUUUAGUCAAGAGAUUAUA